AUACCCGCGUCUCUUACUGUGAGGUUGUGUGCCGGUCAACAGAGUAUACACACGAUCAUGCUUGCCGUGACGUAUUGUUGUUUGGCUCUGGUGACAGUUAUGGUGACAGCAGAACCUAACCCUCUCCAGGGCCUAGAGACGGACGAAGGCUCAUACCGCAAGUUGUGUCCUCCCAUGGACAAUGUUCCUCAGCCUGCUGAGAGGAUCAACACAACUAUGCUACUCCACCGCCUCCGUGCCGAGAUGCGGAAGAACACCAUGAGCCAAGGACCGCCUAUAGAUGCCUUCAUCAUCACCACAGACGAUGACCAUCAGAGUGAGUUUGUGGCAGAGAGAGACGAACGUCUCAAGUUCAUCUCCGGGUUCAGUGGCAGUUACGGCGUUGCUGUGGUGACGGACCGUAAGGCCGCUCUGUGGACCGACGGCAGGUAUCUGCUACAAGCUGAUAAUGAGCUGGGAUGUGACUGGCUGCUAAUGGGACGCGGGGAGGUUCAGUCCAGCAUGCCGGAGUGGGUCAGUACGAUACUCAAGCCCGGGGGACGAGUGGGCGCAGACCCAAGCCUCGUGUCCAGCGCCAACUGGGAGCGAUGGGCCAAGAAGCUGGCUGAGAACUCCAUCUACCUGCUGCCUGUGCGAGGCAACUUGGUGGACGUGGUGUGGGGCCACGCUCGGCCUCCCUACACCAGACACAAGGCCGAGGUGUGGCCUCACCAGUACGCGGGCAAGACGUGGAUAGAGAAGCUGGCGUCGGUGAGGACACUCAUGGUCGCGCAGGGAUGUGAUGCCUUCGUGGUGACUGCUCUGGACGAGGUGGCGUGGCUGUUGAACAUCCGGGGGCGCGACACACCGUACACCCCGGUACUGCGAGCCUACCUGGUCAUCACAGAGGCCCAGAUCUCUCUGUACGUGCCACCGGACAAGCUGGGCGAUGACGUCAAACAACAGCUACGCACCGACAACUGCUACAGUCCGCACUGUGCCAGAAUACACAACUACUCAGCAAUCUUGGAAGACCUUAAAACCUUAUCACAAGUGUGGAAGAAGGUUUUACUGCCAGCUGAGGAUGAGUUUUCACAAGGAGUCAGCAGAGCUAUAUACUUGUCGAUCCCAGUAGAAAAGCGACAUGUUGCACCUUCGCCAGUCAUGAUCCUUAAGUCAGAAAAAAAUCAAAUUGAGAUCAACGGAAUGAGAAGAUCGCACAUACGGGACGCAGCGGCGUUUUGUGAUUUUAUGGCUUACUUGGAGGAAAAGAUGAGCGACGGAGAGAAUUGGGACGAGCAGAAAGUAGCCUCGGUGCUGGAUCAGUUUAGAAGGGACCAGAGUCUCAACAGAGGCAUCAGCUUCCGCACCAUAGUCGCGUUCGGACCUCACGCAGCGUGGCCUCACUACGUGCCUACCAACGUGACUAGCCUGCCUGUGGACCGCUCCAGCAUCCUGCUCAUCGACUCUGGGGGACACUACCUAGACGGUACGACAGACGUGUCCCGGACAUUCCACCUAGGCAAGCCCACGGCCCGCGAGGUGGACAUCUACACCCGGGUGUUGAUGGGGUGUAUUGACCUAGCCAUGCUGCAGUUCCCUAGCAACCUCCCUAUCCGCAGCAUAGACGUGUUGGCCCGCAAGGAGCUGUGGACGGCCGGCGUCGACUACCGGCACGGCACUGGCCACGGCGUCGGUAUCUUCGGCGCCGUCCAUGAGUCACCAAUAAAUAUACACUGGUGGAGUAAAGAUUCAAAGACGUUCAAAGUAGGAUAUUUCUUCACAGAAGAGCCUGGAUAUUAUCAGGAGGGCCACUUCGGAAUCCGCUUGGAAAAUGUUUUGGAAGUUGUAAAAAAUGAUAUGAACUCUACGCAUGGAGCAUUUCUCAGUUUUCGUCCGGUGACAUUGAUGCCUUUCGAACCAAAACUGAUAGAUGUGUCAAAGCUGAGUCCUCAACAAAAAAAAUGGCUGAACGACUACUACACACGCAUCCGUACAGAAGUAGGCAGGGAGUUGAAGGCUCAGCUGAUGAUGAAAGGGUUCCAUUGGAUGAUGGACAGAACGCUUCUGUUCCGUCUCAACGAUGGUGUCAGCUCCAGUGGUUCGUCCCUGUUAGGAAGCUAUUUGUUGUUACAUCUUACUAUUUGUGCUUUCAUAUACAUAUGGAAAACUGGUCCUUAAUGUUGCAUUACAUUUUAUAAAAAUUAUGGAACACCGGAAUCGUAAUUAUAUCACCGUCGUGGUGAAUGGUCUUGAGUUUGAAUUGGUUUUGAUACCCAAAACCUUUACAGCCAUCAAAAUAAAUAUUUUAAAGAGUUACAUGAAUCAAAUUUAUUUAAAUCAGUACAAAAAAAGUGUUUUGUAUGUGAUAGCUAAAUCUUCCAUCCCAUUAUUUAUUUUUCUAUCCAAUUUUCCUUUUUCUCUGGCUGAAAACUUGUACAUUCUAUCUGUAAUUUAAAAUACACACUUCUUGUAGGCACCACACAUUUGAAACUUUAAUGUUGGUUUACAAGUUUGAAAUACUACUUGCCUUUAAACACCUAGCGUACAAUUUCGAUUUUGAAAUUAUUAUCAUUUGAAAUUUGUAGUAAAGGAUAAUAGCCUUACGAUAGAAAGUGUAAAACUGUUUUAAAGGAAGCAAACCAUAGAAUAAACUUAGAAAUUGUUUACAAAAAUCACAAUUAUCAAACGUUGUGUUUAUUAUAUACAAUAAUUUACAAUAUAGUCGAACGACAAAAUUUUACCUAACAAAUAAGUAAUAUUUUGGAUAAGAACUCAUCUGUAACAAAUAUCGUCGUAAGGUAUCUGUUAGUCAGGUUUGGGUUAGUCAGGUCUGUUAGUUAGGUUUGGGUAAAUAAAUGUUCAAUCUUUUACCAGUGAUUUAAGUGCAAUACAAAUCAUAAAUGGGUAACAAAUGCUAAACUUUGUUAUUACCUAUAUUGGUUACUGUACGUGGAAAUAGGUGUAAACUAAAACGAUUUUAACUCGUGAAUGUAAGAAGAAGGCAACAAUCUUCUCCGAAGGAACAUUGUAACGAAUAUCCAUAAACUUGUGAUACUACUUUAUCUGAUAUUAUGCGCAUUUCAAUACACAACAGUAUUUGUUUGUUAAGACAUCAGUUCGGGACCAAGUCAGUGAGCGUGCCUUGCGUGACCGUGCCUUUUGUUCACUGGUAUCACUGAUAACUGAUCAUUUCCAAUGACUGACUUUUGGAAUCUUGUUCCCCAAAUAAAAUCAAACUAUGUUUUUUUUUUAGAUUUCUCCAAACAUAAUUUUGUUUGUAAUUUUAUGAAAAUAUUUAUAGUAAUUAUAUAAAAUAAGAUUUGAUUUCAUGUUGUUAAUUUAUACUUUAGCCAUUUGAAAUUGCUAUUACUUAU